AUGACGAAUGCUGCCGAAAAAGUGAAUGCAAUUAGUGAGACUGGUGGCUGGUGUCCGAAGGAAACAAAUGUAACACAAUUAAAAGACAGAAGGCACUGGAUUGAUAGGAAACUUAUUGCUGCUUUGAGCAUCUUUUUUAAAGAUAAAUAUGUUGGAAGCUUUGGUGACGGAUCAGGACAAUACAAACAGCUUCUACUUAAUUAUGAUACACUGAAAGGUUAUGACGCCUUCGACGGAGGCCCAUUCUGUGAAACAACAACUAAUGGAUUUGUCAAAUAUUUAGAUCUCACGAUUCCGCAGUAUGGAUUACGUUUAUAUGAUUGGAUAUUGUGCUUGGAAGUAGCAGAACAUAUACCGAGGAAGUUCGAAGGCGUAUUCAUCGACAAUAUUGUUCGUCAUGCACAUGAGGGUGUUGUUUUAAGUUGGGCGAAACUUGGACAGCACGGACAGGGACAUGUCAAUAACAGACCGUUUGAAUAUGUCAAGGAUUUGAUGAGAACAUUUGGAUUUGCACAUAGUAUCAUGGAAUCACAGCAUCUGAAGAAUGCAACAGAAAUAGUCUGGUUAAAUUGGAAUGUUAACGUUUUCCGACGGCAAAAAAUGAUUUUGGCAGAAGACAUGAAAAUGUAUACCUAGCAAAGGCAAUUUCUCCUCUUAAUAAUCAUUAUACAAAAUUUACAACCUAAAUGAUAACACCAUCCUUUACAUUUAUCAUAUACAAUUCUGUUUAAAGAUAUCAUAAAAUGCAAAUAGAUUAUUGCUGAUAUCUCACAUAGCCUCUUAAAAGAUCUCGAAAAAGAUCAUUUGGAAGCAAAGAAUUCAACCAAGUAUAAUAAUAGAAGACUCGGUUUGAUUGAGUGUGUUUAUGAAAGGUAAUGAAAUGCAAUGUGAAACAACUCUCGUGCCCCCUAGCAACAGCAAAGUGGAACUGUAUUACACACAUGUUGACUGGACUCCAUGAUCCCAAAGGACCAGAAAAUAUAUCACCACUGAAACCAAGCACGGGGUUACUUUUUACAGCAUACCUAUAUAUGUUAAGACACAAUUAGAUUAAAGAAGGACUUCACAACAGAUAUCCAUGUUUUUUCAUACAUGUGCACACUGUUAUUAUAUUGUUUGGCCCUCAGGAAUCUCUGUUUAAUGUUGAUGCACUAUUUGAUUCCGCUAUUACAGGGUCUAGGCGACGAGAGGGAUCUUUCACUAUUUCUUAUCUCUCAAUAAAAGUCGCUUUUAAAUCAACUCCGCUAUUAAUUGCUGUUUUAUUAUGUUCAAACACUCUAGAUUUUUCCUCUUUCCCCGACACAUAACAGUGUUUUAACCUGUCCGUCUACCAUUUUGGUUGAUCAUCUGAAUUAAUGCUGCAGUAAGCUUUUAGCCACAAUCUUGCAUAGAAUCUACUAAAUGCUAAAUCAUGUCCCCAUUAACGCUUUUUAACUAAAUAUGCAAUAUUAUAGGUAAUCAUAUUUUUGUAAUAACGAGAAACAAUAUAAAAGCACGUUUAAAAACCCUUGAAUGCAUGUUUUUUCCCCUAUCUUUUUGGCUCUCAGUUUAUGAAUUAAAACUGCACCAAAAUCAGAGAGACAUUACAUAUGAAAACAUUUAGUCUUUAUGUCAUGUUUUAUGCAAGAAUAGCGGCAAUAUAUGUUUGUUAUGUGUAUUGAAUUCUGCAGAACCAUUGGAAUUGUUUGUCACCGAGACCCAAUAUAAUUCCAAUAUAAACACUUUGUUAUAUGCACAAACUUUUUUUUCUCAUCUUAUUCUGAAUAAAUAAAUUAAUUUAUAUCAUGGUGAAAACACGAGAGGGGAUACAACGCCUGUAAAGAUUUAAACCUCGACUAUGACAGUUUAACGUUGAAGAAGAAGAAUACGAAAUUAUAAAAUGGUAUUGCUAAACAUCGUUGUUUCUAGAUUUCUUCAGGUCAUUGAAGGCGAAAUGCAGCGCCAUAUAGCGGAGCGUCAAACAUUAUGCUUGACGACGUCACGUCUUUGCGUUCUAAAUGUUGACGGUAAACAGCUUGUAUGCUGAAGAUUGUAUUUCGCAUCCAGCUUUUCGUCAUAUUUAAACAAUUAAAUAUCCACCUUAAUUUAAUGCUAACUAAUGAAAUACUGUAUUCAAUCAGUAUAUUUUCACACUGUGAGAGAUAUAGCGGCCGAUCUACUUGUACUUUGUGUAUAAAAUUUAAAUUAUAUGCUUAAAACAUGAUAAAAAAUUGUAUUCGCACUUUGUUCUUUAUAGUACAUUUCUCGAUUCAAACUAUUUUACUUAAUGAGAAUUUCAUAACGUUAUGCAGCAAGAAAGAAAUGAAACUUUAUGUUAUGUGCGUCUUUAUAACGUCACAACACGUCUGACUUCAUGUCUGUAUACGCGCGUCUGUUUCCCGCGCUGAGAUUACAAUGUGUUACAAAAUGCACAUCUCAACGUAAUUAAGCAUAAAAUAAAAAGAAAAUUUGUUUGUUUUGAGUGAAUAUGAAAUAUAUCUCACCUCGAAGUGAGAAAAUUUUAAUUUGGCUAAGUUUUUGUCAGCAUUUGACCGGAGUCAUAUCUAACACUCAGAUGAAAACUUCCACCGUUUAAAUGAGUAUGUGUAUUGUUUUUCAAAUAUGAAUAACGUGAGCAUUAUAGCUGUAUAUAGCUGCUUAAUCGCUG